AUGGCUUUGGACCUUAUUCGUUUUCAGUCUCGAGCUGGUCUCGUAGCGCGAGCCAUGAAGAAACGAUCAACUUGUUUUAGGCUUCCAGAGCCUGAAAUCCUAUUAGAUGAGCUCGUACAAGCACCCGGGCGAGCCACAUCAAAGCCCAUAGCGCCUGAAGUGCCGUGCCUCUCCUUCGUCGACCACACUACCAGCAACAUCGGUGCCUUCGGAGGAGAGCUCCUGUUCAGGCAAUCUAUCAACGCGGCCCUGCUCAAACAGGCUCUCCAAGGGACCCUGGAGGUGCUCCCAUGGUUCGCAGGCAGGCUCAUAACACGCCGGGACCGCCCCGCCUUUGACGUUGCCUGCAACAAUGCCGGAGCCCGGCUGUCGGUGGGCAGAUCCGAAACCACACUGGAGCAACUGGCUGCCGUACUUGUGCCCCGUCCUGACGUGGUUUCGGAUGCUAACGCAGUCAACCCGCUAUCCAAACAUGCCCUGCCACAUGACCCGUGGGUCAUUGCGAAGCAAAAGGCCCUACAAACCUUCAUGGCGCACCUCUCAGGCGCAUACAACUCCCUGCUCGGUGGCGGCCAGAGUGGCGGCGGUGGUCCUUACCGCGCGGCAACCACCAACAGUGAUCGUCCUGGCCCUGAAGAAGGCGGCACGGUGGCGGCUCUGCCAUCGGUGGCGGAGCGCCUUAGCGCCGCGUACGCGCCCGCCUUGGUUGAGUCAUUUGCAGACCCGUCCCCACCGCCGCCGGGUACCCCACCCCGCGAGUCGUUCGUGGUGUUUCCCCGGCUGUUGUGGCGUUCCCUGUUCUGGGCCCUGCCGUACAAGUUGCGGAUCAAGGGCGGCGGCGUCGAGCAGCUCAAGGAGGCGACGGGCGGGAGGACAGAGGCGGCGCCGGCGGCGGCGCCGGCAGCGGCAGGGGCGGACGCGUCGGAGGCGACGGAGGUGGCUUUGGAUGCCGGGGAGGAGAAGGUGGCGGCGACGGUAGCGGAGAGGCGGGAUGAGGAAGCGGCGCCACGGUGGCGGCCACUGACGGCGGUGUUCCGCAGCUGCUGCCCCGGCGGGAAUGGCGGCGGCGCCAGCGGCAGUGGCCAGGGCUCCCGCCCCGUAGAGAAUCCUACGGUCAAAGCGGCAGCACCACCGCCGCAGCCGCAGCCGCCAGUGGUGGAGUGGGUCUCCACGCGGGACUGCCUGGCAGCCCGUUUGGCUCAGCUGCUACACGCGAUUCCCCUGCGGCGCCGCCGCCCCAUGUUUUUCCUGGUAGCGGUCAACAUGCGACCCCGGGUUCAACCCCCGCUGCCCGCGGGCCUGUUGGGCAAUGCCGCGUGGACGGCACGUGUGGACGGUGUGCGUGCUUCACAGAUGGUCCUUGGGGAGCUUGCGGCCCGGGUGCGACAUGCUAUACACAGGGACCUGCCGUUACAGUACGGCAGGGACUGGCACCGCGUCAAGGUCCUGGCGGCACGUGAUGCACGGCGGCUUGUGAGCGACCUGUUGGUGGACCCCCGGCCCUCCAAGUGCUUGUUGGCGCCGCAGGGCCCCUUCCUGCUCAGUGAUUGGCCUCUGCAAUACGGCAUGUGGCAGCUUGACAAGAUGUUCGGCAAGAACCUGGGCACCGCCUUCUAA